ACAGAGCGCCAGGCGUCGGCGUGGGCCCGCCCGAACCCCGCGACGGGCGUCCUUCUCCACUUGCAGGCUGCUGCAGGCCACCUCGCGCUGCGGAAGCCAGCGUCAUGCACGCAGAUGCCAAGUGACUGGCCCGAGUGGCCGCGCUCAUCCACUUGGUCUAUUCGAGAGGCCGCUCCCGCGGUGCAAGAGGCGGCUCGGUCCAAGUGGCCGCCGCGGACGCGCCGCUGGAGACAAGUGCCAAGUUGAAAGAUGCUGGCCAGUUCCGCGACGCCCUUCUCCGUCAAGGACAUCCUCAACCUCACCGACCAAGUGGUGGAAGAGCUCGACUCCCAAGCGCUGCUUCACCAGGCGCAGAGUCUGGAGAAGGCCUUCUUCGAGGAGUCCGCCCUGUCUCAAGACAACUUGCUGAACCUGGACCCGUCCCUGGCCAUUGAGGCCGACGGCUUCUCGUUCUUUCAAGACGGCUGCUCGGUGUCGCUGGGCGUAGCGCCAAACCACGCUGACAACGUGUCGCACUUCUGCCUGCCGUACCACGCCAGCUGCUUCGACAUCGCUUCGGCAAACCUGGCGCCAGAGGGCGCCUACGGCCAGGGGGGCGACUGCCGGCCGGACGACAACGCGGCUCUUUUCCACCAUCAGCAUAUGGGCCAGCAUGUGAACACCAGGGCGGAUGAGCUGAAUCAGUCGUUCUUCUGCGAUUCAAAGGGUCCGUCCGGUAUCAAGGAUCCUUCGCGGCAAAGAAAGCGAAAGAAGCCCAGGGUGUUGUUCUCGCAGUCCCAGGUCUUCGAGCUGGAGAGGCGGUUCAAGCAGCAGAAGUAUCUGUCCGCGCCGGAGAGAGACCACCUGGCCAGCAUGCUGAAACUCACUUCCACUCAGGUAAAAAUCUGGUUUCAAAACCGACGCUACAAGUGCAAGCGCCAGAAGCAGGACAAAUCCUUGGAAAUGGUGGCCGCUAACGCGCGACGAGUGGCCGUGCCCGUCCUCGUUCGCGACGGCAAACCCGCCGUGCCUUUCAGCGCAUCCUCGUACGCCAUUCACCCGUAUCCCGUGUUCCCAAACGCUCUUGCCCCGCCGCACGGACAGACCCCGGACGCGUGUUCCGGCACGCUGGUCCCCAAGGUAUACUCGCCCAUGGCGGCGCCGAAACCGCACACCGUCAAGUCCUGGUGAGGUGAGGUCGCGCCCUGGCGUCUCCACCGCAACACGCCGAGACUUACAUCCGUUGCGUGCAGCCAAGAUCGCCGGUCUCAUUUUCGGCUGGAGACGUUCUCGCUGUCCGUGUUCGUUACUUUUCCUUUCCACUGCAACAGUGUUGCCGUGGGAAACUGUGUGCCAUUGCAUUGCCUUUGAUACGUCCGUCCAACCGUGCAGCUACACAGCGGUGCUUCGAGACGCCGGACUCUCAUUUUGUAUACGAGCAGAACAAACCGACGAUCCCUGGCAGUUAUAUUCUACGGCUCUUCAGGAACGGGUUGACAUGCGCGUGUGCCAAAUAGCCUUUUAUCGC